AUGGCCUCAAUUUCUCAACAGCCUUCAAAUGGUUUCAGAGAAGAGCGAGACACAUUUGGACCAAUUCAAGUUCCCGCGGAUAAGUUGUGGGGCGCGCAAACGCAAAGAUCAUUGCAGAAUUUUGAAAUUGGCGGGGAGCGAGAGCGGAUGCCAGAGCCAAUAAUCCGUGCAUUCGGUGUCCUCAAGAAAUGUGUGGCAAAGGUGAACAUGGAAUAUGGGCUUGAUCCAGCAAUUGGCAAGGUCAUCAUGCAGGCUUCUCAAGAGGUGGCUGAUGGAAUGCUAAAUGAACAUUUUCCACUCGUCAUUUGGCAGACUGGUAGUGGCACUCAAAGCAACAUGAAUGCCAAUGAGGUUAUUGCCAAUAGAGCUGCUGAAAUCCUUGGCCAUAAGCGUGGCGAGAAGUAUGUGCACCCAAAUGACCAUGUUAAUAGAUCACAAUCUUCCAAUGACACUUUUCCAACUGUGAUGCACAUAUCAGCUGCAAUGGAAAUAAACUCAAGAUUGUUGCCAAAUUUGAAGACUUUGUAUGCUACUGUACAUGCAAAGUCUAUUGAAUUCAAGGAUAUCGUUAAGAUUGGGCGUACUCAUACUCAAGAUGCAACCCCAUUGACGCUUGGUCAAGAGUUUAGUGGCUAUAGCACCCAAUUGCAAUAUGGAAUUGAUCGUGUCACUUGCACUCUGCCCCGCAUGUAUCAGCUUGCUCAAGGUGGAACCGCAGUUGGAACUGGCUUGAACACCAAGAAAGGGUUUGAUACAAAGAUUGCUCAAGCUAUAGCGGAAGAAACUAGACUACCAUUUGUUACAGCAGAGAACAAAUUUGAAGCGCUGGCUGCACAUGAUGCUUUUGUUGAAUGUAGUGGAGCUCUCAACACCAUUGCUACUUCAUUGAUGAAGAUUGCCAAUGACAUACGCUUCCUAGGAAGCGGUCCAAGAUGUGGACUUGGCGAACUUACUCUUCCAGAAAAUGAGCCUGGUAGCAGUAUCAUGCCGGGUAAGGUUAAUCCCACUCAAUGUGAGGCACUUACUAUGGUCUGUGCUCAGGUUAUGGGGAACCAUGUUGCCUUAACUGUUGGUGGAUCAAAUGGCCACUUUGAGUUAAAUGUAUUCAAGCCUAUGAUUGCUAGUAACCUCCUUCAUUCGGUAAGAUUGCUUGGAGACGCAUCUGCCUCGUUUGAAAAGAACUGCGUGAAGGGAAUUCAAGCUAACAAGGAAAGAAUUUCCAAGUUGCUGCAUGAGUCACUGAUGCUCGUUACAUCCCUGAAUCCUAAAAUUGGGUAUGACAAUGCCGCUGCACUUGCUAAGCUUGCUCACAAGGAAGGACUUACUCUGAAGGAAGCUGCGCUGAAAUUGGCAGUUUUGACCGGUGAUGAGUUUGAUCAGCUGGUUGUACCUCAGAAGAUGAUUGGACCAUCCGACUGA